AUGUCACGGGUCGAGCUCCUGAACGCAGGAGGCUUCCGCAUCGAUGGGCGCAAGCAAUUCGAACUGAGGUCGAUCGGCAUCCAACUCGGCGGCUCUCAAGACACCGCCGCGGAUGGAUGUGCACAGAUCACGCAGGGUCUAACUAUUGUAUCAGCCACUGUGUUUGGCCCGCGAGAAGCUCGGUCCGGAGCCAAUGUGAUGCACGAUCGUGCCUCUGUCAACGUCGAGGUGUCCGUAGCACCAUGGGGGUCUAUGGAACGUAGGCGUCGCAAUCGAGGCGACAGACGACUGGUGGAAUUUGCGAAUUCGAUCAAGUCGACGUUUGAGCCGGUGAUCCAUACACAUCUCUACCCACGCUCACAGAUUGAUAUCUUCGUCCAAGUGCACCAGCAAGAUGGAGGUGUUCUGCCCGCUGCCAUCAAUGCUUCCACAUUGGCCCUGCUUGAUGCCGGUAUCGCUAUGCAAGACUUUGUCGCCUCGGUAUCGUGCGGCAUUCACUCGACAUCAGCUAUGCUCGACCUGUCCAACACCGAGGAACAGGAUCUGCCUCAUGUUACAGUUGCAGUGCUACCACGGACCAAGCAGAUCACAUUGGCAUCGCUAGAGACGAGGUUGCAUGUGGAACGCUUUGAACAGAUUUUCACUCUAGCUAUUCAGGCGGUGGCUGUGCUGCACAACGAGAUGGAGUUGGCAGUAAGGGACAGAACAAAGACGUUGGUGCAUGCUAUGACUGGGAGAACCAUCGAGUCCGAGACAGCGGUCCACCACGACCAAGAUGCAGAGCACGAUAGUCCGGAUCACGACGAUAUCAUGCUCGCUUGA